CAGUACCCAAACAACAAGAAGAUGAAAAACCCAUAAAAACCAUCAUUAUUUAUUAAGCAUUGAAAAUCACACACACACACAUCCUUUCCUUUUCUCUCACGCCUUCUCUCUCUCUCUCUCUAGCAUUUACACACCUCAUCUCUUUAUAAUUUCCAACUUCGUUCCUUGGUUUUUCCCGAGAAACAAUCAACAGAAGUCCCUAAAACAGGACACUCCUUAGGUGCGUGUGAUCGUCAGAGAGAUUAAGACAGCUUUUUCUUUCUUCUUCCUUUACAGUACAUCCUCUUUCUUUUUCUUACUUGAGUCUCUCUUAUUAAUCGACACAUGGGGACUUGUCGAGCGGAAGAGCAUCGUCGAAUCUUCGUUCCCGGUCCGAUCAUCGUCGGUGCCGGUCCGUCCGGUUUAGCAGUAGCGGCUUGUUUGUCAAACCGAGGCGUACCAUCGGUUGUCCUCGAGAGAACCGAUUGCUUAGCUUCUUUAUGGCAAAAACGAACCUACGACCGUCUCAAACUCCAUCUCCCUAAACACUUCUGCGAGCUCCCUCUUAUGAAAUUCCCUAAAAACUUCCCAAAAUACCCCUCCAAGCAACAGUUCAUCUCCUACGUUGAGUCUUACGCUGCCCGGUUUAAUAUCAAACCGGUAUUUAACAAAACAGUCGAGACAGCAGAGUUCGAUGUCGUCUCUGGUCUAUGGAAUGUGAAGACGCAAGAUGACGUGUACACAUCCACGUGGCUGGUAGUGGCAACAGGGGAAAACGCUGAACCGGUGGUUCCGGAUAUAUCCGGAUUGAAGAAUUUUACUGGACCGGUUGUUCACACCAGCGCGUACAAGUCCGGUUCGGAGUUUGCAAACCGGAAGGUUUUGGUGGUCGGUUGUGGAAAUUCCGGUAUGGAGGUUUGCUUGGAUCUCUGUAGAUACAAUGCUCUGCCUCAUAUGGUCGUUAGAAACUCUGUGCAUGUAUUACCAAGAGAAUUUUUGGGUCUGUCGACAUUUGGAAUAGCAAUGACACUACUGAAAUGGUUUCCUCUUAAACUGGUAGACAAUUUGCUCCUACUUCUUGCUGAAUCUUCGUUGGGCAAUACCGACCGGUUAGGCCUCCGACGACCUAAAACCGGACCAAUUGAACUCAAGAACGUCACCGGAAAAACUCCGGUUCUUGAUGUCGGCGCUAUAUCUUUGAUACAAUCCGGACACAUUAGAGUGACGCAAGCGGUGAAAGAAAUAACGAGGAGCGGAGCAAAGUUUGUGGACGGGCGAGAAAUGGAAUUCGACUCGAUAAUAUUAGCCACCGGAUAUAAGAGUAAUGUGCCUGAUUGGCUCAAGGACAGUAGUUUUUUCACAAAAGAGGGUAUGCCGAAAACGCCGUUUCCUAACGGUUGGAAAGGAGAGGAUGGACUUUACACGGUGGGUUUCACGAGAAGAGGACUCUUGGGAACGGCCUUUGACGCCGUUAAGAUUGCGGAGGAUAUAACAGAACAAUGGAUGAAAUUUAACGGGCCGUUAAGAAGUAGUAGUAUCUGUACUUCACAUAUUAUCCACCUUCAUUUCAAUAAAUCAUAAUAAUUCGAUUACAUUAUUUGUUUCACUCUUGUUCUCAGUUUUUACUUGUUUCUCUUUUGUUGAGGAUAGUUGAGUGGUUGAUUUUUCAACUUUCACGUGUUGUAAAUUUGGGUAAUAUUGCUGCAUGAAUGCAUGUCGUGC